GAGAAAGAAGGAAAGAAGAAGAAGCCAACUUGAUCUUUCUUUUUUUAUUUUGGCUUUCACUGAUUCUUGAAAGAAAAACAUGGAAAACCCAAGCACACAUAUCAUCAUAUUUUGUGUUUUCCUUUUUCUACUUAUCUUUCAUUCAGCCCCAACAACAUCACAAGAAGUUGAGGAUGAGAGGGAGUUUGAUUAUGUGAAAGGGAGUGGUAAGGGGCCUGAAAAUUGGGGAGAUAUACAUGAGGAAUGGGCAAUGUGUAAGAAUGGAGAUAUGCAGUCUCCAAUCGAUUUGUUGCAUGAAAGAGUGCAAGUAGUGUCCCAUUUAAGGAGAUUAAAAAGGCAUUACAAGCCAUCCAAUGCGACACUCAAGAAUAGAGGACAUGAUAUAAUGUUGAAAUGGGUUAAUGGGGCAGGAUCAAUUCAUGUUAAUGGAACUGAAUAUGUACUACGACAGUGCCACUGGCACUCUCCUUCAGAGCACACCAUAAAUGGCAAGAGCUAUGAUCUAGAGGUGCACAUGGUUCAUGAGAGCUCCAACGGACAAGUAGCCGUGGUUGGAAUCAUGUACAAAAUUGGACGACCGGACUCAUUUCUCUUAGAGCUGAUGGAACAUAUAAGAUCUAUUGCUGAUAUUCAUGAAAUGGAGAGAGAUGUAGGAGUGGUUAACCCAAGGCAUUUAAAGAUGGGAAGUAGGAAAUAUUAUAGGUACCUGGGAUCUCUCACUACCCCUCCUUGCAAACAAGAUGUAAUCUGGACAAUGGUUAAAAAGGUGAGGACUGUUUCAAGAGAGCAAGUGAAAUUACUAAGGAUGGCUGUUAACGAUGCCAUCGGAUUCGAUAUCUUUCCUUAUAGCUUUCAUACAACUACUAACAAAUUACCAGUUUUCCAUUCCAUUUUUGCCAUUAAAGUAAGCGGCGUUCUGUUCACUUCUGUCUAUAAGUACGAACUUCUGUCUAUAAGUACCUUCGUGCAUGCCUGA